AGAACGCAGCAAAACAAGUUUUAUGCUAAAUAAUAAUAAAUAAAUAAAUAAACGCAUCGCAAUACCAAAAUACAAAGCCGCCUUCCAAGUCGAGAAGUUGCAAAGGUGCAAAAAAAGAAAACAAGUCGGAACCUUGCCAAGCGGCAGCCAUCGACUGCGCGAUACCCUGUGUACAGUGUUGAAAAACAGCUGAAAACUGUUCAACGUGCGUCUGGUGCCUCUAAAACUGUAAGUGCCGAUCAGUGACUUUAAAAAACGCGAAAAAAAUAAGAACAAAUAUUUUGGACUCGAUCGUAAGAGGAGGUCAACCGUAAUUGAACUGCUCAAUUUAUUGGCUUUAUCUUUUCAAUUGUGUGUGCUGCAGGUUUUCACGUUUGAACCGCCGCCCUAGUAGGCGUGGUCAACAAAUUGGUCGAUAAACUAACGCGAAUAUACAAGGUUUUAUAUACGCAGUUGUUGGCAUUAUAAGGACAUACUUGGUCCUCUGAUCAAUAUACCCUCCAUUCACAUUUGUGCAUAGGGUAUAAAAAGUGACCUACAAAUACGGGUUUUGCGCAGCGGAGCCAACAACAACAAGGCGUGAGAACUUGCCGCAAAUGGCAACAACAGCAACAGCAGCAACCGAAAUGCAGGCAACGCUUGCGGUUAAGCGGCCCGGUCCGCCGGUACCGCCCAGGCCCAAAACAACAGCAACAAUGACAACAGCAGCAGGAGCUACGGUAGGUGCAGGGACAGCGGCAGCAGCUGCUGCGGGCACACCCUGCCCGCCACUCAUACAAAAGAAGCCCACAUUUGUUAGCCAACUGAGCGCAGUGGGACGCACCUUGGUCUACAAGUCGCCUUCGCUGAAUCUACAAAAGAAACAGGCGCAAACACAGACGCCCACCAUGGCGCUAGUUGGUAGCGCAACAGCAACAGCAACUGCAACAGCAACAGCUGCAACAGCCACAGUUGCUCCCGCAACAACAAUAACAACAGCAACAUCAACAACAACAGCAACAGUUGCUGCCCCCGCAACGGCGCCCAAGCCACCGUUAAAGCUGCGCAAAGCGCCGGCUGUGCCCACAGCUAAGCCGAGGGAGUCCGUUGUGGCCGUCAUCAGCGUGAAUCGCGCCAAUUCUCUAAGCGCACAGAGCAGUCCGACGCCACACAAGGACACGCGUUUGAGUCUGGGCAAAGUGGAUUAUGAGCGUGCGGGUCUGCUGCCCACCACACAGCCGUUGCCCAAGCCGCGGAAGAUUGUUCAAAUUCCGGUCGCCACGCUGGAUGUGGACGAUGUGGCCGCUUUUGUGGCGCCGCCAGCUACGCCCGCCACUAGCAUAUUUAGGCGCUCCAAGACCACGCUGGAUGGCCCGUUGUCGAGCCAGGGAGGGGGCAGCGGCGGCAGCUUUCUGGGCGGCAAAACGGUGGAGCUAAAGAAUAACCUAAAGAAUGCCGCAGAGCGUCUCUUCUCGGAGAUCAUUAUAAGCCAAUCUCAGAAGCAGACUUUGGCAGAUACCACCAUUAUAACCAAGCAUGAGCGCGCCAUACAGCAUCAGGCGCUGCUGGAGCAGGAGCUGGCGCAGGAGCGCCACAAGCGGCAGCAGAUGGAGCGAGUGCGUGAGCGGGAAAGGGCACAGGAGCAGCAACAGUUGAGCCAGGUCAUUCAAGCAGCGGGCAACUGCACGCGGAUAAACAUAAACCCCAGCAACAGCCAAACCCAAACCCAAAUCCAACCUCAAACCAAAACCAAGCCCAUCAAGACAUCUGUCAGCGCUGGCAAUACGCCGGAGAAGAAGCCAGCUUUUCAUGAGCUGCUCAUCUCGGAGCUGGCGGCCAUGCGCAAUCGUGCCUGCUCCCUGGAACAGUUGCCCACCAAGUGGCAGUCGCAGGACACGCCCACUAAAACAAUGACGCGUCAGCGCUACAAUUCAAUUGAGGAUGCCGACACGGAGGAUGUGGAUGCGGACAAUGUGGAGGAUGCCGAUGGCGAUGAGGAGGAUACAUUGACCUAUGCCGUCAACAAAUCGUUAAAGGACAAUGAAACCCUGAAUGGCAACUCAACGCCACGUAAACGCUGUCCCUCCGGCUGCUCCUCAGACUCCUCGCCCUAUGGCACAGAGCGCUCGCAGCGCAUCCGAACAUCCGAUUGGAUUGAGGUGGGCGACAAUGGCAAACAGGUGACCCUCACCAGCUGUCACAUCAGUCUCGAGGAUUCCGGCAUGGAGGAUGAGGAGCGACUGGACGAUAUGUCCUCCUCGGGUGUAGGCGAUAGCUGGGAUAGCGUCAAGGAGGCCGAACGCGAGAAUGAGAAACGUUGUCGCAAUGUCAAACGCGGAAUGUCAAUAAGUGGCUUGCCGCCAUUGCCGAAAUCUUUGAGUGGAUUCAACAAGCUGCUCGGCUCCGAUUCGGGCUUAUUGAGCGAUGUGGAGUUGCAGCAGGAGCUUAACAACAACAACAACAACAACAACGACAACAAGGAGAACGACAGCGGCAACAAAUUAGCAAGCCAAAUAGUUAGUGAUAACAACAAAAGCAACAACAACAACAACAACUUGAGCGGCGAUAAGCAGGCAUCUAAAGACAGCAGCAAAGAUAAUGCAAACGAUAAAUCAGCCACGGCUACAGCAGAGUCUGCAACAGCAACAACAACACCACCAGCAAAGACUUUCAAUGCAAAUGAAAAUGAAAAUACAUCAACAACAGCAACGGCAACAACUGCAAUAGCCACAACAACAACGCCAAGCUCACCUGCUAAACUCAAUGUAACGGGCAGCACUUUGGACGCGCAGAUAGCGACGCUGCGCAAGGAAAUGUAUGGACUGCGUCAAUUGGAUCUCUCACUGCUGUCACAAUUGUGGGCGCUAAACGACUCUAUACAGGAGUUUCGCACGAUGAUCGAAGAGCAGGAGGACGAGGAUGAUGACGGAGAUGUUGAUGAUGAUGACGAUGCCGAGCUAGAUGAGAUGGGCAAUCGCAGGCAUUCACCGACGCCCUCAUCCUAUGAUUCGGUUAGCUCCGAAGGCGGCGCCGAUGCGGAACUUGUCAUGCAGGCCAAGGCGAAGCGUCUGGGCACCAUACCAAAGGUCAUAACGACGCAGCCAAAGCAGCAGCAGAAGCAGCAGCUGCAGCCGCGGGGCGAUCUGAAGCCGUUGCCACGAAUGCGCAGCGCACCGCCGCCACCGCCGCCCGUCGCACUCAUGUGCACCGCACGCAAGGCGGCGGCACCGCCACGACCCACAUGAUGUUACCUAACCGACUUCCUAGCCGGAGUCAGGAUGGUCAUGUGCAAGGCGAUUGUGAGCGAUGUGCCGCCGCCGCCGACGACGUCGACGUCCACAUUGGGCACCAACUGAGCUGGAGCUGGAGCUGCAGCUGGACUUAAAAUUAACUGGAGCAGCACAUGGCAAGGGCAUUGUGAAGUCGGUUAACGAAUGUUUGUUUUGUGGCAUGCACCAUCCCUAGAAUAGUUUACACAAACGAUAAACGAUAGACGAUCAACGACAAACGUUAAUCGAUAAGGGAUAAUCAUACAUAUAUACACUAUAGCUUAGCGUUAAGAGCGCAAUUUAAUUAAUCCUAAGCCGCAUAGCCAUUAAGUUUAGCAGUCCUUUGUGUGAUCUUCAGUUGUAAGUUUAUUGUAAUUUGAGUGUGCGCGUUUCUUUUUUUUUUAAUUUUCUUCUGUUGGCCCAGGCUCUACAACAUAAUUGAGGGCUAAUUUUUGGGUUUUUCUUUUACUGGGUUCACCUACUACUUUAUUGUUUUUUAUAUAUGAAUAUAUAUUUUUUGUUUUACGAUUUUUAAUAACUAUAUCCUUUCAAAUCUAACGCAAUAUUUGAAACAGCACCCGCUCACAGCAGAACCACAAUUUAACACUAUAAAUAUAUAUACCGGAAAAUAAAAAAAAGAAGCAUAAAACGUUGCUGUAGAUUUAAGUAAGGAACUGCACUACUUGUAUAUAGAGCCUGUCACUAAACAAAUCCUGCGCUAAAACUAUCUUAGGCUUUCUUUCUGCUGCUGCAACACCAAGCAAUAUGUCUGCGAAAAUAAAGAAUCUAAAAACGAA